AACCAGCUGAUAUUUAGAAACAAUAAACGUCAUUAUAAUAAAAAAAAAUUAUAUUUUUCAAUAUUUUUAUCAAAUAAUUUAGAAAUUUCACAAGAGAAAAUGGGUCGAAUUUUUUUGGAGCAUAUGGGUGGAUCACGUUUAUUUUCAUGUGCAAGUUGUGAUACAAAUUUAACAAAUCGUUCCGAAUUAAUUAGUACACGAUUUACUGGUGCAACAGGACGUGCAUUUUUAUUUAAUCGUGUCGUUAAUUUAACGUAUAGUGAAGUACAAGAUCGAGUUAUGUUAACUGGUCGACAUAUGGUACGUGAUGUUGCUUGCAAAUCCUGUGACACAAAAUUGGGUUGGAUGUAUGAAUUUGCUACCGAAGAGAAUCAACGAUAUAAAGAAGGUCGUGUCAUUUUAGAACGUGCCCUUGUCACUGAAAGUGGUGGAUUAGAAGAGCAUCUUAUUAAUCAUGUCCCUAAUUAAUCUCCAUCUCUAACACGUCUCAGAAUUAUAAUUUAUUUAUUAUAUUUUAAGAAAUAUGUUCCCAAGUUUAUUAUUUUAUAUACAGAAGAAUCUCACUAAUCUGGCACUGUUCAAAAUUAGAGGGUUCCGAAUUAUUGGAAUGUUUCCGGAUUACCGGAUUUUAUAGAAAAAUUCAUAGUAAAUAAAGUAAAGCAUUUCAUUGCAGGAGCUGUCACAGUGGUAACGAGGAGGAGACAAUGUCUCAUCUUCUCUGUCACUGCCCAGUUCUUGUCAUG